UGAUGCUUUCCUCCCAGUCAAAUCUGGAAACUGAGAUUUUGGAAGCCGUUGAAGAGGCGCCAGAGAUAAGUUCAUUGCAUCCUUCCUGUGAGCUGGUCCAAGAAAGGGAAGACCCUGUAGAUAGCUUUCCUUCUAGUAGCAGCUUAUCUGAGAUUUCUGAUUAUACAGAUAGGAUAGAGUGCUUUUCUCUUCCUGAUGCUCAUGCUUUGUUGAACGUGACAAGCAGGAGAAGAAAACAUCAAAAUAAAGCCCGUCUAUCUUUGGAAGGCCAUCAAUCAGUAGAAAAGUUAGAAGAAUUUUCUGAACUUUGCUUUGAGGACGAUGCUAAGAUGAAAUUGGACGAUGCGAAGAUUGGGGAAUUGAAAGUUAGCUGCUUGAAAAUGCAGUGCACUCCUAUUAAAAACUAUUCUUCCUCUCCCUAUCAUUUGACGGAAGGUGCUAUUCAAGGCCCUAACAACUUGACUUUGCGAGAAUCGGAAGCAAUUCUUGUUAUUAAACAACUUCAGGAACAGAUUAAAUCUCUUGAAGUUGAGAAGAUUUCAGUACAGGUGAAUUUAGAUAAUGUUUUCGCCUUGGCAACCGAACAGAAUGCUUCGUUUAGAGAAAAGUAUGAAAAGGAAAUCAACGAUGACACGCCUGUCAAACUUUCCCUUAACAUUGCGGAGAUUUCUUCAUUUUUUGAUUUUAUAAGGCAUGGAUACAGUAAUGCUUUUGCUAUCUUUGAAGAAUGCUUCCAGUUUUUCUCAAUCUUAUCUGAAAUAUUGGAGAGUCUCACGGUGCUUCCUAGGUCAUGUAUGGUGCAAUUGAAGUCCAUUAUUUCUGGCCAUAAAAGCAUCAAUACUUUUUUGAGCAAUAAAUAUCAGGAAUCUGAAAUCGAGAAUAGGCAAAUCCAUGAGCUUAUGUCCGAUUUGGAGAAGAGGGAGAAGAUUGCCGCGGAUCAAGGUCUUCAUCAUGAUAUGGAGAAGGAUGAACUCUUCUCUCAGAUUCUUGCUCUUCAGAAGGAAGUAUCUCAAUUAUCAUCAUCUUCUUUGACACGGGAGAAGGAAGCAUUGAGAAAGGAACUUGAUAAGAGCAAGUCAAAAUUGAAGGAUACAGAGUGCAAGCUCAAGAAUAUUACACAGGAAAAAGUCAAGCUUGAGGGAGAGAAAGCUCAGGCUGAACGAGAAAUUAAGAGCUUGCUUGGUCAACGGGCUAUUCUAGAACGUGAUAUAUUAAAGCGCGACUCUCUUUUAGAUAGAAGGCAAGAAUCACGUUCUGAGUUUAAUAAAGUGAGGGGUUUAAAGCAUAUGACCCAGCAAAAUUUGCAGAAUGACUAUGAGAAAUUUGAAUUCAUUGCUUUUGAGAUGGAGGCUGAGAUUUCUUCUUUGAAGGAGGCUCUAGAAAUCAUAACUGGUGAAAAAGAAGAAGCAUAUGCUAAAAAUGAAAUUCUGAACUCUGAGUUAGAAGCUAUGGCUAACAAAUUGUGCACUGCUGAUUUUGAAUUGGAAUUGCUAAAGGAAGAGCUUAAAACAAUGGAAGAAAGGUUGGCUGAUUCUGAAUGUUCUUGUAGGGGGUUUCAAGAUUCUCUAAAUUUGGUCUCAAGGGAGAAAGAGGAGAUGAUCUUGCAACUUACUGAAGCCCUUCUAGAGGUGGAGUUAGAAAAAUCAGCUUGGGUCUUCAAAGAGAGACGUCUCAGCGAGAAACUCAAUAUAUCAAAUAAUGAAAUUGUCAAACUACUAGAUAGUCUAUCAGAGGCGAGAAAAGAGUUGGACUUAUGCAAUGACCAACGUAAUGGUUUCAGUGAAAAGUUAUCCCUUUCAGAUGAAUAUAUAAAAAGAGAGAGAGACAACAGCAUAAUAACGCCUUCAGAGAUUGGUAAACUAAGAGACGAGUUCAGCAUGUGUAAAGCUGAUGCCGAUGGAAAUGCGGAUGCAAGGUAUAGUUUAGAGUUGGUAUCAUCCCAAUCCCAUACUGCAUCCGACGAAGUGAACAAUCUGAGGACUACCAUUCUUAGAGUAACAAAUGAGAGGGACCGUUUGCUUUCUAGCAUUGAACCGCUGAGAAGACUCGAUGUUAAAAUAGAGAUGUUUGAGGGAAAAUAUAAUGACCUGCAAUCAAAGUCUGAGUUCUGUUUCCAAAAACUGAAUCAGAGGAUCUCAUGCUUGGAAGUAGAGAUAAAGGAGUUUCAGGAUGCUUAUCACAAGCAUGAUGAGUGCAGUGAACUGAGGAGGAAGCUUAGGUCAACGCAAGCGGAACUGGAUGCUUCCCGUAGGAAGCUAAAAGAUUGUUUUUAUGAGAGGAAAGUGAUGGACGCUAAAUAUCGUGAAGCUUCCACAUUUCUUAAAAAUCAACUUAGAACUUAUGGGAAGCAUAUUCUCGACUUGACGAAGCGGCUCGCUGAACAAGAAUAGAAUCAAAUACUUCGCGAAAUUUUUUUUUUUUUUAAUAUUUUCUGUUGAAUUUUGAUUUUAUUGAUAGCAGAACAAGCAGCAGAACAUGCAGGCACCUCUGGCUUGAUCUAUAGAAAACAAGGUUCAGUUGGUCAAUUCUAUGUACU